GAAUCGCAUCAGUCUGUACUGCGUCCGCAGUUCACACAUAUCUAUCCACGAAACUCCACGUUACGUUGCUCCGACGAAACGUGCAGUUGUAUUGUGAAUAUACGUAACGUCACUGCCGUUCCGUGUCGCAAUUCAAAAAUGAUUUUAGCCGUACUUUUAUUAUUUAUCAUUAUAGUCAUUAUUGCGUUCGCUUAUAAUUGUUAUGUGCAUUAUUCAAGAUUUGGACGAUUGAUCGAUCAAUUACCAGGACCAAAGGCCAUUCCUGUUUUUGGUAAUAUAUUGCAAUUACAAGUUUCAACAGAAAAACUCUGGGAUCUUUUGAUUAAACUUCCGAACCAAUAUUAUCCCAUUUUUAGAUUUUGGGCUUUUCAUAUUCCCGCGGUAUCUAUCCGUCAUCCAGAUGAUCUUGAGGCAAUAUUAAACAACACGAAGCACAUCGAAAAAGGACGGGUAUACGAGAUUUUCCAUCCUUGGCUAAACACCGGACUUCUUACUAGCACAGGUGCCAAAUGGCACUCACGGCGGAAGAUACUGACGCCCACAUUCCAUUUCAAUAUACUGAGAGAGUUUGUUGAUAUUUUAACUGAGGAGGGCGAACGUAUGGUAGAGAAAUUGAGGAAUGUUGGUGGGACAGUUGAAAUGGAUUUAUUACCAUUUGUUUCUGAACAUACAUUAAAUGCAAUAUGCGAAACUGCCAUGGGAACUUCUCUGCACAAUCUCGGUGCAGCUCAAGUAAAAUAUCGACAGGAGGUUCGCCAAAUGGGUCGUCUCUUUCUUUAUAGAUUAGUAAGACCCUGGUUACAUUACCGCUGGAUCUUCGCGUUGACAUCCACGAACAAAUUACAAAACAAGACACUACGAAAUUUGCAUGGGUUCACAGAAAAAAUAAUUGCGGAGAGAAAAAUUUAUCAUGAACGCUUCGACAAUAAGUAUUUGCACAAUGUUCCAAAUGACAAUGCAAUGGAAACAGAUAACACAGAAGUAUAUGGAACUCGAAAAAAGCGACUCGCCAUGUUGGAUCUUUUAAUAUCAGCGUCGCGGGAAAAUAAUUUGAGUGAUUUGGAUAUCAGAGAAGAAGUGGAUACUUUUAUGUUCGAAGGUCAUGACACAACAUCGAUAGCUAUAUGCUUCACUCUAUUACUGCUAGCGGAACACAAGGAUAUUCAGAAUCGCGUCAGGGAGGAAGUCAAUACAGUAAUGAAAGAGUGUGAAGGAAAGUUGACUAUGACGUCGUUGCAGAAUUUAUCGUAUUUAGAUCGAUGUUUGAAAGAAGCGUUGCGGUUGUACCCCAGUGUGUAUUUCAUAACGCGAGUCACUGCAGAGGAUGUGCGAUUACAUGAUUAUGUAAUACCUUCUGGAACAAUUAUACAUCUCAAUAUCUACGGCGUUCAUAGAGAUCCCAAUUUCUGGCCGAAUCCCAAUGUAUUCGAUCCAGACAGAUUUUUGCCUGAAAAAAUACAAAAUCGUCAUCCUUAUUCCUAUCUGCCAUUCAGCGCGGGACCACGGAAUUGUAUAGGCCAACGUUUCGCUAUGUUGGAGUUGAAGGCCAUGAUAGCACCCAUCGUGCGCAAUUUCUACUUGGAACCUGUCAAUUAUUUAAAAGAUGUGCAGAUGAUUACGGAUAUAACUCUUCGACCUAAUCAUCCGUUGAAUAUAAGAUUUGUCCCGAUAGAGAUCGCUCCUUUGAAAGAUAAAAGGAGAACGUGCGCGUGUGCGACGAAAAUUUUAAAUUGGUUAAUAAUUCAACGAACAAUGAUUACCGCUUUAUUAUUAACAUGCCUCUUCCUCGCACUCUUGCAUUAUUAUAUCAAUUAUUUUGGGAGAAAAGGACGACUUAUUAAUCGUAUACCGGGACAUAUAUCACUUCCUAUUAUAGGCAAUAUUCUACAUGUUUGUUGGCGUUCACAAGAGGGACUAUGGUUGUUUAUAUAUGAAAAAGUGAUGAAAAAUCACUCAAUCACUAGGUUAUGGUUUUUUACGAUACCCAACGUUCUCACUUAUGAUCCGAAUUACAUAGAGAAAAUACUAAGCAGCUCGAAAAACAUUGUGAAAGGUUAUGUUUACAAAUUUUUACAUCCUUGGCUAGGCGAUGGCCUUCUUACUAGCACAGGCAUGAAGUGGCAAAAAAGACGGAAAUUGCUGACACCUGCAUUUCAUUUUUCUAUACUGAAACAGUUUGUUGAGGUCUUUGUUGAAGAAGGCAAUAGCGCAGUAGAACUUUUGAAUCAUGCGGAAGAGUCAAUUAUUGAAGACGUGCAGUUAUUUACCAGUUAUCAUACAUUAAAUGCAAUAUGUGAAACUUCCAUGGGCGUUUCUUUGAAAGAUAUUGGUCGGUUUGAACAAGAGUAUCGUCAGUCAAUUUUUAAUAUGGGUAAAAUCCUAAUCGCUAGAGUUUUUAAACCGUGGCUUGUAAGCGACACACUAUUCAAGUUAACGUCACUGAGUAAUAUGCAAGAUAAAUAUUUGAAUAUAUUGCACUCAUUCACCGAAAAAAUUAUUGCAGAAAGGAAAGUUUAUCACGAACAAACCGGUAGACGGUACUUAAAAUAUUUUGAAAACAAUACUGAAACUGAAGACAUGAAAGUGACAGUUAAAAAGAAACGAAUGGCCCUCUUAGAUAUUUUGAUAGCGGAAUCUCAUAACAGUGGGUUUACUGAUUUAGAUAUUAGAGAAGAAGUCGACACCUUCAUGUUCGAGGGUCACGAUACUGUAGCGAUAGCUUUAUGUUUUAGUUUAUUACUGUUAGCUGAACACAAGGAUAUCCAGGACCGUGUGAGGAAAGAAAUUUCUGAAGUAAUGCAGGAGAAUGAUGGGAAACUUACUAUAAACGCGUUACAGAAUCUACCAUAUUUAGAGAGAUGCUUAAAAGAAUCGAUAAGAAUGUAUCCUAGUGUUCCUAUUAUAUCGCGCGAAUUGUGUGAAGAUGUGCAAUUAAAUCCAUAUGUGGUACCAGAAGGCACAACGGUGCAUCUCUAUAUCUAUAAACUUCAUCACAAUCAUAAUUUUUGGCCGAAUCCGGAGAUAUUUGACCCAGACAGAUUCUUACCUGAGAAAAUGAGUAAACGUCAUCCUUAUUGUUAUAUACCGUUCAGUGCAGGACCACGUAAUUGCAUAGGCCAACGAUACGCCAUGUUAGAGUUAAAAGCUUUAGUGGCUCCCAUGGUGUACAACUUCCACUUGGAACCUGUUGAUUAUUUGAAGGAUGUCAAAUUAAAGUUUGAUUUUGUACUACGUGCUACACGUCCGAUUCGCAUGAAAGUCAUUCCAAUCAAACGCACAUAGUUAUCUCAUACGAAUAAUGAUUCAUAAGAAAAAAAAUCUAUUCAAGCAAAAUGUUAUAUUUACGUUGGUAAGGUUUUAUAAUGCUAAUUGGAAAUAUAAUUAUUAUACGUAAAUAAUAUAUUUUAUGAGGAACGUGCAAUUAAACGAAAUAAAAAAAGAAAUAUUUCCUUCACAUGAAAAACAAGAUGCGCAUAGUAGGACUUUCCGGCAGAAAGUUAUUUAUUAACUAAUUAAUUUAUUAAUAAUUAACUAAUUAACUAAUCAACACUUAUUAAUUAAUAAUGUUUAUUUAGUCCACACGAAUACCACAGCAGUGACCAUAUAAUUUCAGAGAUCCAUGAAUUUGGAUUACUGCGCGAUGGUAUCAUACCCAAGGAUAAUUUCAGGAGACGGCUCCUUUUCUCCCCGACAUUAGCGAUAGACCUGAGAAAUUAAUCGUUCUGACAGUAGCUUAACGUGUGACCGGAGUAAUAUAUCAAACAAUGCCUGAGAAACGACCGGGGUUAAUAUUGCUGUGGUAUCAUUUGUCACGUAAUAAUGUUUCGAAUCUGAUAAACUCUCUCACCAGUGGGUAUAAUUUGUACUUUAUUACAUGACCCUCUUAUCUAAAGUACGAUGUAAAAUAUAUCCAUGAUGCGUUUAAUGUUGCAAUAAAUUUAUCAGAUAUGGCGCA